AUGCCAACCCUACCUGAAGAUGAGGGACAGCCACCAGAAGCACAACGCACCAGUUCUCCUCCAGUCAAAGAUGCUACUAUUGAAGGGACAACAUGCAGUACACCUUCUAUUGUUCUUCCAGAGAAUGCUGUAACGCCAGAUGUAGAAAUUGAUAAAAAUCUGGUUAACAGACCUCAUAGUCCUCAUCUGAGACAUUCUAACCGACACACUAGGACUUCUGUUAGUUCACUGACUUCAGUUGACAAUACAGGUCAGGUGAUUGAUCUGGUAAAUGGCCAACUGCCAGAUGUCAAAAUCUCAGAUGAAGAUAAAAAGAAGAAUCUUGAGUUACUAGAAGAAGCAAAGAGAGUGAGUGAGAGGUUCCUAAUGCGCAGAGGCAGAAAAUCAAGAAGCAGUCUUCCAGAAUCUCCCACAGCUGUUUCCCCUACACUUAGUCCAAGAGUUUCACCUGUGCCAUCUCAGAGCAACUCUCUCACUCUUCCAAUCCCAACAGGGUCUGAUGUAUGUACAGCCACGGGUGCUGGGUCAGUGUCUCCACUGCAGAAUGUCACAAAAGGUUUAACAGAUCGAAAGCAGAAUGAUCAGAGGAAGGUUUCUCAGGGAAGGUUGGUUCCUCGUUCCACUAGUUUUGAAAACUCCAAAGAGAAACUCUCUGCACAAAAAGAAAACUUUGAUCCACUUACACAUAUGGAUAAUUUACCCAAAUCCUCCCCUUCAGGCAGUGAUGCUGGCAAAACUUCUCUUAACACAAGCACAAACAGCUGUGAAAAUGAACAUGGAAAACCAUUACCUAAGAAAUCAAAAGAAAAUGACUUUCCUUUAAGAAUGUAUCGACAAGGACCAGGCAUAGGUACUAUGGACCCAAAAUUAAAAAGUUCUGUACCAGAACUGAUGGACCCUAAAGUUACCUGUAAAACAGAACUUAAAGCAUCUGGAACACGCCCUCCUCUAUUACGAGCUGUAUCAUGGGAUAGCAUAGAAUCUGGACAUCAAGAAAAGGCACCUUUUAAAUUACCACCUGAAGAAGAUAAAAGCUUUGCCAUUAGUAAUAAAUCCAGCAAUCAGUUGACUAAAACAUUAACGUUCAAAGAUCUCCAAAUACAAGUUCAACCAGUUCGAAUGCAGAAAUUGACAAAGCUCAGAGAGGAGCAUAUUCUGAUGCGAAAUCAAAACUUAGUUGGACUUAAACUGCCUGAACUCAGUGAAGCAGCUGAACAGGAAAGAGGGCCUUCACCUAUACCUUGCGCCACUGAAGACGAGGAGUCAAAGAAUAGCUCUGAUGUCAUGCCUAAUAUUCCUGAUGUACUGCUACGAAAACUCCGUGUGCAUAAAUCUCUGCCAGGAAGCUCUCCUCCACUUACUGAGAAAGAAGUUGAGACUGUGUUUGUACAACUUUCCUUGGCCUUCAGAAAUGAUAGUUACACCCUGGAAUCUAGAAUUAACCAGGCGGAGAGGGAGAGAAAUCUUACUGAGGAGAACACUGAGAAGGAACUGGACAACUUUAAAGCAGCCAUUAUGUCUUCAGCUGCCUUAUGGCAUCACUAUGAACACAGAGAAACUUGCCAGAAGCUGUUGGAGGAUAUUGCUGUACUACAUCGUUUGGCUGCUAGACUCUCCAGUCGUGCUGAAAUGGUUGGAGCUGUUCGCCAGGAGAAACGUAUGUCAAAGGCCACAGAAGUAAUGAUGCAGUAUGUGGAGAAUUUGAAGAGAACAUAUGAAAAGGAUCAUGCUGAGCUAAUGGAGUAUAAGAAACUGGCCAAUCAGAAUUCUAGCAGAAGUUACAGUGCAUCUGAAGAUGGAGUGCCUCGUUCAUCUAGAUCUAUGUCUCUUACUGUUGGAAAGAAUAUGCCUCGGAGGAGAGUCAGUGUUGCUGUUGUUCCUAAAUUUAACUCAUUACACAUUCCUGGCCAGUCACCUACUACGUCACCCAUACCUUCAAUGCCAUCCCUGUCUGAAUCACCCAAUGGAAGAAGUAGUCUGACAUCUACUCCUGCCCUACCAGCUCUUCUAGAGAAUGGAAAGUCAAAUGGAGAGCAUGACCGUGAAUCGCCUGCUUCUCUGCUGACACAGAUCUGUUCGGAAGAGAUCAACCCUGAGACAAAAGCCAAGAUAGAGGAGGAAGCUUAUAAGAAAGGUUAUCAGGAAGGCUUAAAGAAAACCAAAGAACUUCAUGAGCUGAAAGAGGAAGAUGAAGAGAAAACAAAUGAAAUCCCUGAUGAGCAUGAAGAGGGUGAAAGUGAAGAGAUAAAUAACAUGAAAAACAGCAAACUUGAAGUUGUUAUUAAUUAUUUACAUAUACUGUACCCAAAACUGUGUAAACACUGGAAUGUGGUCUGGAUUGUAGCAGCUGCGAUAAUCAUUUUUGCUGCGCUGUUGGGGAUCUACCAUUCAUACAACUCCUGUGUUGAAUUAUCAGAUGGACCAGAGGGAAAAGCCACCUGUUCUGCUGUCCAGCAAUACUCCUGGUGGAACUCAGGACUUCAGCAUGAGCAAGGCACAGAAUAA